AUGCAUUUGCGCUUCCUCCGUAGCACUCUGGCUCCAGUCGAUCAGCAGCUAAGUGGCCACCGUCCGUCGCCACACAAGAUGACGUCGGAAGAUUUGCCCACAGUGCGGCUUGGCACUGCGCGCCAAUCCGAAGGUGGAACCGGCGAAGCUUUGAUCUCUGUCGAAGGUGGCAGCUGUGACAAAGAGAUCGAAUCCCAGCGCCUUGCUAAAGCAUGCUUGCUACGCGUCUACGCCAAAGCGCGCGACAACGUCUCAGGUGGCGCUGUGAAGCCCAAGGUGCCCGGACCGAGCCCCUCCCAGGGAGGAGCCAGGCUUGCUAUGGAGGAGUGGGUGGAAACACAAAAAGCAGUUUGGGACUAUUUCUUUGGGGAGCCUACCGGCCCAAACUACUUGUUUCCGGAGCCUACGGGACCAACUACGCCCGCCCAGGGAGGAGCAAGGCUGGCAGCCGAGGAGCUCAAUGCUACAGGUGUGUGGCUGCGUGGUCAAGCGAACCAGCUCUUCUGCAGCUUCGCCACAGGUACCACUGACUCGUUGUGGGCCGUGGCAGAGAUGUGCAAGGAAUCGCCGAUGCUGCAGGCAGGAGCGGUGUGGUGUUCACAUAGUUUGGUCCGGUGGGUGUCCGACGCCGUAUGCACGCUGACCCCAAUCCAAGACCUGCUCAUCUGCAACGCAUCAUGGAACUUUAUUGCAAAGGCCCACAAUAAACGACCGCGAGUUUAA